AUGACCCCGCUCCCUGGCCGCUGCGCCUGCGGUGCGAUCCGCUUCGUCAUCUCGCUGACGGACCCGGACGCGCAGGCGCGCACCAGCAUCUGCCACUGCCACGCCUGCAAGCGGUUCACCGGCGGUGAGCACGCCGUUACCACGCGCGUGCCGCGCUCCGCGUUCGCCUUCACGCGCGGCGCCGAGCACGUCCGUGUCCACGAGGCGGAUAUGGGCAGCAGAAGCGACGGAGACCGCGGGGAGGAAGGAGAAGGGCAGGCGGGAGGGGGGCGGAAGAGUGCCCUGCACCGCGAGUUCUGCGGCGUAUGCGGGGGGCCGUUGCUCGAGUACGGGCCCAACGCCGGCGACAACAUAUACGUCUUCUACGGCACGCUGGAAGACCACGCGCGCGGCCAGGUCGAACCCCGGGGCGAGUUCUUCUGCCGGCUACGAGACCCCUGGAUGCCCGAAAUAGAAGGGUUAUUCCAGAAGCAGGAGAUCAAUGAAUGA